CAUCUUGCGGGCGGGACUGCACGGAAGAAGGUCCCGGGACAGUCUGCUGGCCCGACGCCUCACCCUGCCGCUCGGAGUCCCCGAGCGGUCGCGUCCGUAGCCCAUGCCGCCCCUCGCUGUCCCAGCCGUGGCCACAUGCCUCCUCCGCGGGGCCCUGCGGUUGUGGGGCGGCCGCUGUGCACCGCGCCUGCCGCGGGCCGCGAGAUGUUCUCAUUCUGGAGGGGAGGAACGUCUAGAAACUCCUUCUGCUAAAAAAUUGACAGAUAUAGGAAUUAGAAGAAUCUUCUCUUCAGAACAUGACAUUCUCCGGGAAAGUGUAAGGAAGUUUUUUCAAGAAGAAGUGAUUCCUUAUCACGCAGAAUGGGAGAAAGCUGGAGAAGUAAGUAGGGAGCUUUGGGAAAAAGCUGGAAAACAAGGACUGCUUGGUGUCAAUAUUGCAGAACAUCAUGGUGGCAUUGGGGGGGACUUGUAUUCGGCAGCUGUUACUUGGGAGGAGCAAGCAUAUUCGAAUUGUACAGGCCCAGGUUUUAGUCUUCAUUCAGAUAUUGUCAUGCCCUAUAUUGCAAACUAUGGCUCAGAAGAACAGAUUAAGCGUUUCAUCCCCCAGAUGACUGCAGGGAAAUGUAUUGGUGCCAUAGCAAUGACAGAGCCUGGAGCUGGAAGUGAUUUGCAAGGAGUAAGAACAAAUGCCAGAAAGGAUGGAAGUGACUGGAUUCUCAAUGGAAGCAAGGUAUUCAUCACUAAUGGAUGGCUAAGUGACGUUGUGAUCGUAGUGGCAGUCACAAGUCGUGAAGUUCACUCUCCUGCCCAUGGCAUUAGCCUUUUUCUGGUGGAAAAUGGAAUGAAAGGAUUUAUCAAGGGACAAAAGCUACAGAAGAUGGGACUAAAAGCCCAGGAUACUGCAGAAUUAUUCUUUGAAGAUGUACGUUUGCCAGCAAGUGCCCUACUAGGAGAAGAGAAUAAAGGCUUCUAUUAUCUCAUGCAGGAGCUUCCACAGGAAAGGCUACUGAUUGCUGACUUAGCAGUUUCAGCCAGUGAAUUCAUGUUUGAAGAAACCAGGAACUACGUUAAACAAAGAAAAGCUUUUGGGAAAACAGUUGCACACAUACAGACGGUGCAGCAUAAGCUAGCAGAAUUAAAAACCGACAUUUGUGUAACCAGAGCUUUUGUGGACAGCUGUCUCCAGCUGCAUGAAACGAAACGUCUGGAAUCUGCCACUGCUUCCAUGGCAAAAUACUGGGCAACUGAGUUACAAAACAGAGUAGCUUAUGACUGUGUACAGCUGCAUGGAGGUUGGGGAUACAUGUGGGAGUACCCAAUUGCAAAAGCUUAUGUGGAUGCCCGAGUUCAGCCAAUCUAUGGCGGUACCAAUGAAGUAAUGAAGGAAUUGAUUGCAAGAGACAUUGUCCGUCCUGACAAGUAGACAUUGGCCCACAUCCUGGAAUCCUAUUACAACUAAUCUGGUUCUAAAUCUACUCAAGAUAAAAUACAACCUGCAAAGGGAGGGAACACUAAACAUGUUUUUAUAUGCUCUCUCUGUAGAGAAAGAAAUCAAAUGCAAAUUUAAGAGUAACACAAUGGGGGGGUGGGUAGAAAUCUUUGAAUCCAAAGAUCCUAAAGUUUUCCAAUAUAAGCUUUAACUUUUAAUUUUUUAUAUAGCUGAGAGGCAAAGAUUUUCUGAUUCUAGACGCCUUAAUGUUUUAUUUGUCCCUAAAAUUCUAAAAGAUCAUAAUCGCUUAGAUCUUUAAAAUAGAGGCAGAAAUAAUUUUAUUAUACUAUAGAAAUGGGAUUAAUAAUAUUUACAGCAUAUUGACUUUGAAAAGGAAAAAUAAAUAUGAUUUACAGUGCAAAAUAAGUUUAGCUAUCUUUUAUUCCAAAUUCCCCAGAACAGUUUCUACCACCCUACCCUAAACCUGUUUUUAAGUAAUGAAACACUUUCUUCAAACCAAAGCUUAUGCCGAAUCCUUGUGAAAUCCUGAUGUGUGAGGAGCUGCUCUGGUUGAAGCAGGAAGCUUUCCUACCUUUUGGCCCUUAGAACCACUAGGCUCAGCUAACCAAAUCCCAACUGCAGAAUGCCGUUGGUUCCCUCAACCACUGACACCUUGGCUUUCAAUAGAUUUCCAUCCUAGUCUGACUUCUGGGAGAACACAGAAUAAUCCAUCAUCCUUUAGUUUCAAGAUAUUGAUAUGUUUUAUAGGUAUCAAAACAAUUACUUUUAUUUUGGAGCAGUGGAAUUUUUAAAUUAAUUUAACAUAUUUAUACUUUGUGUCUCUAUAAUCCAGGCUGGUAAAAAUAUGAUGAAAAAUAUGAUUUAAAAAAUUGGCAAGAUCCCUGCUAAUAAGUGAAUAAACAAAUAAGUUAUAAUGUAAGAAGUAAAUAAAAUAAAUAAUACUUUAAAUCAUGAUAAAGGCAAUAAAGGAAAUAAGGUAAGCAUUUAAAAUAGGAAAGUGAGGAAAUGACAUUUGAUUUGACUUAUCAAAAAUAAGACAUUGAUUUGUAAACUGCUGGCAUCAUUUUAGUAUUGUUUUUCUUUGCAUAUAUUGGUGAGACAGUGAAUAAAGUAGUUUAUAGAUGGAAAUAAAUAGAUGUAUUCUUGUUUGACUUAGAAAACCUAAACAUUUUAUUUGGUAUUGUGGGUAUUAAACAUUGUUUUUUAAUGCAAUCAUUAUAACUAGAUAGAGCAGAGAGAAGAAAAAAUACUUUGAUACCAUUCUGUCCUAGUCUUACAUACCUGUGAUUUGCUCCUGGAUAGAAGUUUGUAUGAUUGCCAACUUGAGUUCUUGCUCAGUAAACACCAUGCAAAAUGGGUUAAAAUAAAUUCUUAUCAGAUAUUACUGUUUUUGCCGGUAUCACCUCACUCCUAUUACCAGGAAACAAUAGAGAAUUAGAGAGACCGACCACCCAUCCUCAUCCCCGGCCCCUUUCUCCAUCUUAAAUGAAACUAGAUUUUAGGAAUUAAACAUCUGUAGGAUAAACAGUAAAGUAACAUAAUAGGAAGCACCUGCUAUGUAGAGGUGGACAAACCUAGGUUUGAAUGAGUACUCUACCAUUUAGCAGCUACUGGACCUUGGGCAAAUUACUUAAUUUCUCAGGAUUCUUUCAGGUGUAAAUGACAAAGAAACCCAAUUCAGACCAUCCUAAGCAAAAACUUGAGUGUGCUAGCUAAAGUGACUUGUAGAGUAGCUUAUACAGUUUAAAGAACUAUAGGAACUCGUGUCUCAGUGGCCUGAUUUGGGGGUUUAGAACCACCAGCACUUAAACUAUAUCUGUUUAUUUCUACUUUUCUUUGCAAAUUAGCCUAAUGGACACUGCAGAGAUGUUUCAUUAUAGGGCUUGUAAAAAUGACCUUGGGCUGCUUCAGGCCUACAUCCUUCAGCACAAUGUCACUAUAAGGUGGGGGAAAGGUGCAUUAUGAUUGACAGUCUCAUCAGGAACACACUGACUGGGGGAAGCAGUUCCUGAAGCAGAGUGGUAUUAUCAAAAGAAAGAGAACAGAAAGUCUGCUGAGCAGCCCUAAAGCACUCUCAUACACACAAAUAAGCUUAUUACAGUCCACUAGAGCUAGGAAUAGGUUCUUGU